UCACCUUGAUUAGGACAGGACAGGAUUGGAAGCCUUAAAAGCGACCCGUUUGCAGAUCCUGCAGGUGCAGAGCAAGUAGCUUGAAGUUGACCCGUGUGGCUACUGGUGCGUUGACCCAGGCUGCCUGCAGAAAUGGCUUGUGGAAUUUAUUUGGGGGUCUUUUUGAUUUGCUUCCUUCAAGCAGAGCAUGUACGCUGUUUGUGGGCUUCUCGAGAAGCUCAAGGCAAGACAUAUGUUGGCUUUGUGCAAGACUAUGACGGCGCUGGCGGUCCAAGACGUGACGGCGGCACCGGCAAGGCUCACCAGAAUCAAUUCAGACAAGCGGCCCAGGCUCGGGCCUCGGUCCAAAGCGGCAGUGGUACCGGAGUCUCCGUUGACAGCUACCAAAGAUCCGAACAGUUGUCGUCUCAAGGCGGCUACUCGUCACUCAAGGUGGUUCGACGCCGCCCCGUGGCCGCGCCCCUCAAGAAAGCGGUGCCCGUAAAACCCGAGCGGGCGUUCCUCUCGACAGCCAUUGCGAGUUCCGGCUCUCUGAGCAGAUUCAAACCGCAUACCGGACUCAAGAAACCGAUCAGUGGGGACCACUCCAAGUCGUCGUCCAGCUUGUUCGCGACAGGUUACGGCAAACGCAAGUUCUUGGCCAACAUGCAGACAUCAGCCAAAGGGGCUGCCGUCAAAGUCUCGAUUGGUCAAAAACCAGGAAGACAUCAGAAAAAAACCUACAACUACUACAACCGGGGUCAGGUUGGGGUCCAAAGCAAAAAAGAGCAGUGGGCAAGCGGCGGCCAGUCCGACAGGCAACGCUACGCCCCCACAAACGUCCUGAUCAUCCCAAACCGCUACGGUGGCGUCUCCAUCAGGCGCCUGAAGGACCCCGCGUCCCAGAAGACUCAAAGGGGGGCCCUCCACAAGCCUGCCACCAGCUGGGCUCACUCGGGGACCAAGUGGGCCAGAAUCAAGCUGCGACCCUGAACAUGGAGUGACGAUGGAUUGCCAUUUUAGUGUUUUUGGAAAAUAAAAAUGUACAUAAUCUAAA